AUGCAUAAUGACAUUUGUUCCCUACUACGGUGUCUUCUCUAUGGAAGUUUUGGGUUAGGCCUCUAUUCGAGGCUUUGUGUUUGAAGUGUUGUUGACGAACAAAACACUACUAGGUUCAAUUCAAUAUGAUUCAUGAAUCAAUAUCUUUUUUUCAAAGCAAACUCCGUCACUCAGGAACUCUCAGGAGUAAUUCAGUGUCUCCAUCAUGGCCAUCUGACCUAUUCUACGAUCAAGAAAAGGGUCAGAAGUCAGAACAAUUGUCAGCCGAGAAGCAGUGGAAUCUGGAAUCGCGCCCGCACCAACAAGGUUCCAUGCCAUUCUAUGGGUCAUUUUCUGUGUUCCAUGGACACGAAUCAGGCAAUGCCCCGGGCACGCCUACCACAACCCAUUCACCAACUCCUCAUCGCGGUCGAGCCAUUUUUACAAUAAAUAGUAUUGUGUCUUGUGCGCCAGAAGAAGAUGGAGUGCCAAGUUUCGGGUUUCCAGUUCUUUUCCAACUUCGAUUCGGGCAAUUUGAACCGCGUCGAGGCCACAGAUGUCUCGGCUCCCUUGGGACCCACACACAAGCCCUUUCCACCGCCAGAAGUGGGCGGGGAGCCCACGGAUUUCUCCUUCAACAUGUGGACUCGUCCGGAUUGUCACGGCACUGAAUUCGAAAACGGCAACCGCACUUGGUUCUACUUUGGGAUCGUGAAGGGCUCGGAGGCGGGUGGCAUGGCGAUUGGUCAGAAAUAUGCCGUCCUCCGAUUCACAUUUCGAAACUUGAAUAAGCAGUCCAAGUUGUUUAGUCAGGGCAUGACCCCGAUUUGCGCCACUACCGGAAUGGCGGCGGGAAAUGGCUUAGGUCGACAGGGCGUGCCUCCGGGUCAGAGUGCGCGUUGGGAGCGUCUUCGAGAGAAGCCCAUCUUUUGGACGGAGGACAACAAUUUCGUGCUCAGUUUCCGCGUUCGUAUCGAUCCCAAGGUGGUGACGUACUUGGCGUUCACGUACCCGUUUAGUUACAGAGAGGUCCAAUCGUUUGUGGGGAAACUGGAGAGGCGUCAUGACACCAGUGGGUUGAGCUAUGAUGUGCUCAAGGCCAAGGCCCCGACCAGUAUCUAUUUUCAUAGGGAAGUCCUCUGCCAGACGUCCGAGGGGCGUAACGUGGAUUUGAUCACACUCUCCUCGACCAACAAUAUUCUGUCCAGCCGGGAAUCCGGGUUAAUGGGACUGUUUCAGAGCGACCGGACCAAGCCCCGUCCACUUGAGUUUCAGCACAAAAAGGUGAUCUUUGUAAGUGCCCGCGUUCAUCCCGGCGAGACUCAGUCCUCAUUCGUGUUCAACGGCAUGCUCCGCUUCCUGCUCCGCGAAACUGACCCACGUGCCGUGGCCUUGCGCAAGAAAUAUGUGUUCAAAUUGAUUCCCAUGCUAAACCCAGAUGGUGUCUUUCGCGGACACUACCGCACAGAUCUGCGGGGCGUGAACUUAAAUCGAAUCUAUAGCAGCCCCUCCCUGGCACUUCACAUGCCCAUUUACGCAGCCAAGAAGCUGAUCCUGUACGCCCACUUCGGUUACGAUGUUCAAGUAGGUUCGCCGGUGCACGAAGAGGAAAGUAAUUCUACUCUCUCAUUGGACACCGUGGAGAGUGAAAGUGGGAGCUCCAGUUGGUUCUAUCCCAUGGAUGCUCCGGCGCCGUUUCGAUGGCUCAGAUCCUCCACUAAUAAUCCCCCUGUGGCGAGUGCUGCGCCCGGUAGUGGUGGCGUGUCCACCGAACAAUUCUAUGAGAUGACCGAAACCAGUCGAUGCUCUGAAGGUGACGAAAGUAUCGCAGAUUUCUCCAUUUCGUCCGGAUCGGGCACAAACACGAGUCGACAUCAUCCGGACAGUGCCACCGCGGCGGGUCUUCUAGGUCCCACCUCGUUCACUGGCGCCUUUUCUGCCAUUGCAUCAGAUCCUUGUGCCUCAACCUCCACGGCCGUUCCCGGCGCAGCCCCGACCAAUGCGCGAUUACCCAUGAGACUCGAGACGCAGGAUGAAACUGCCCAAGAUUCGUGCGACGCCUUGCCCGCCUUAUCACCCAAUCCACCUCCACUGGUUGAUUUCGAAGAACAAGUUGGAUUGGAUUUUGCUGAGAAGCUCAAGGACACUAUCAACCCUCCUAGCAAUACUGAGAAAAAACCCACCCCUGUCAGUGGCAAGUCUGGCCUUUUUCUUUACAUCGAUAUCCACGGUCACGCCUCCAAGCGUGGCGUGUUCAUGUAUGGGAAUCAUUUCCACGAUUUGACCAGCAAGGUGGAUACGAUGCUCCUGCCCAAGCUGAUGUCUAUCAAUUGCGCCAAUUUUGACUUCCCGGGAUGCAAUUUCACCCAGAAGAAUAUGUACAUGAAGGACCGACACACCGGUGCGGGCAAAGAGGGCUCUGGCCGCGUGUCCGUGUUCAAAUCUACUGGGUGCGUCUACUCGUACACGCUGGAAUGUAAUUUCAACACCGGCCGCGUCGUCAACCCUAUUCCCAGUGCUUCGCGUGAUGCCGGGCGCGCCACACCUCCGCCACCUCUGGAGGCCACCCCGCCCAAAUACGAUCCUUUCAUUUAUGAAGACGUGGGUAAAUCCCUGGCCAUAUCGAUCCUGGAUCUAACCGAGUGCAAUCCAUGGACCCGCCUUACUUGCUCCCCGCAUCGCAACCUCAAAGGCGUGCGUGAGUCUAUUCGAAAAUACAUCCGCCAAAAUGAGGAGCAACAGAAACUGAAGGCGGCCAACAGCUCGCCCAAGGGCUCCAAAGCUCGCAAUCGCUCAGUGUCCACUUCAUCCGCAGCAUCCAACGCGAGUGGAUCCGGCUCAAAGACCUCGAAGAGUCCCAAAAGUCGGGGCAUGAAGACCCCGCUCAGUCCCGAUGCAUACAGACCCAUUCCCAAAGUUCCCAGGAAGAAUAGUAUCGUGUCUCGGAAUCUCAACCAACAGCUUCAACAACAGAGUGGGUCCAGCUCGGUCACGCCCAACAACGAAGGGGCUCGGAACAUUCUCAACAAGAAAUCAAUGAGCGGAAUUGCCCAUCUCCCGCCCAACGCCCUCGCCCCCAUUAUCACGGACUCGUUGGACAAAGACAAGCUCUUUCAACGAAGCAAGUUGACCCGUUCUCAGUCGCUCUCCACGCCCAAUUCACGACCGUCGUCACCCAGACGAACUCAAGUAGUCUCGCCCACCUCCAGCGAAGGCGGGACCCAACGAAGACUCAAAAAGAAAAAGACCAAAACGACUGUGGACAAAGUCAGAAAGGCCAGUUUGGGUGGAGGACCGGCGGCCGCUUUGGCGCCUGAGCCGGACUCCUCCUCCGGCAUGCCUCUUCCGACUGGAACGUCCAAGGUAAAGAAGAAAAAGAAACUGGGCGUGGCCGCCAAGGGGGCCAAAAAAAGGAAACAAACACCGAAGCCUUAAUAAAACAUCGUUCCUUCCAUGGUAUUUCACGUAUCAUAACGACCGUCAUUCAUUCAUCCCCACGUUCGUAAUGGUUGAGAUCCAUCCGACGCCAUGUCAUUCGUCUUGGUGUGGAACUUGCAUCCCUUGAAGUUUGCCUUGUUGUGGUUCAUCAAUACCAGAAAAUGAUUGUUUUCGAAAUAAAUGUUGCCCCUAUU